UGUGACCACUAUAUAUUGACAGAUUCUAUGCUAAUGCAGAGCAGCUAUCAGCAGCUACAAAUGUCUCUUUGAAAAUGUGACAGAUGCAAAUAUUUUAUCUUCGAAAUCGGUUGCAACUUCUAAAAAACAGUUGUGUUUUGUGUUUACAAUAGUUGACAACAGUGUAUUUAAAAGUGAAAGUAUGAAAUUAACAUUGUUAAAUAUGAACUAAAACACAGUGACUGUACAUGGCUAAUUUCAAUUUGUGCAUGAAUUAGAUCAGCAUGGCAUUUACUGACGUCUGAUCAGUACCGAGUGCCCAGAGGUCAGGAUGUUUGAGGGUGUCGUUUCGUACCUCAUCAACAGGUUCCUGGGCAAAUAUGUGCAGGGCCUUGACUCAAGCAAUCUACGAGUUGGAAUCUUUAGCGGUGAUGUGGAACUUAAGGACCUUCAGUUGAGGACAGAGGCACUGGUGGAGUUGAACCUGCCAAUAGAGGUGAAGGCUGGAUAUAUAGGUUACAUGAAGGUGGACAUUCCAUGGACAAGCCUGUUCUCCUGCAGUGUCACUGUGCUGGUGGAGGACGUGUACGUGCUUGCGGGGCCCGUCACAGACCGGGGGUAUGACCUCGCCCGGGAGACUGCCCUGCAGAAUGCGGUCAAGCGGGAGAUACUGCUGUCCCUGACGCCCACUGGAACUCCAGCGGCCCCAACCAAUGGAGAAGACCCCGGCUUCCUGGAGAAGCUAUACACGUAUGUCCUCAACAACAUCCAGGUGUCGGUCGGUCGCAUUCACGUACGUUAUGAGGACACGGUCACCAAUCCAGAUCAUCCGUUUGCAUGUGGCGUCAUGUUGAAGCACAUCUCGGCCUACACAACAGACAUGCACUGGCAGCCUGCCCAGAUGGACAAUGCUGCGACUGUCAUUCAUAAGCUCCUGGAGAUGAGAGAGUUGUCUGUAUACUGGAACACCUAUAUACCUGAGCAACAUCUGAUACGCUCCAAAACGCACACGGACGCAUGGAGGAGCCUUCUGAAGCAAGCCAUUCUUCAGCACAGAAUCCUGGAGGAAGACUUUGACUUUAUUGUGGAGCCAAUCACAGCAGAGGUCAAGGUCAUCAUAAACAAGGACAACAACCAGGCAAUACCCAAAAUGUUAGCAGACGUCUGCUUAGACGACAUUGAAGUGCUGUUGUCACGACAACAGUUCCUGAAUAUUUUGAACCUGAGUGACUCGUUCAAACUGAUGUCUGUGAACCAAAAGUAUCGUCGGUACCAUCCAAAUGUUCCCCUGAAGAUCAGUCCCAGGUCAUGGUGGGUGUAUGCAUUCACGGCCAUUGUGGAGGAGCGGAUACGACCUUUCUCCUUUGAGAGGAUCAAACAACACAGAAUCAAGUACAAUGAAUACAAGGAUCUUUACAUCAAGCAUCUUUGCGAGCCUGAUGAUGAAGAUAUCAAAGAGAGGCUAGCAGUUUUGGAGGAGGGGUUAAACGUCACUAAUAUUGUCAUGGCCAGGGAGCAUGCAAAAGAGUCUUAUGCUCCUCACAAAGUUGUGAAGAAGCCCAAGAAGAAGACUGGUUGGUUCUCCUGGUGGGGAGGCGAGGAGGAGGAGGAAGAAGUGAAGUUUGAUCUCGGAUCUUCAGAAACAGACUGGUUUUCUAAGUUGACUCCUGAAGAGAAGACCAAACUGUACCAGGGUAUUGGAUAUGAUAAGAAUGCCUCUGUCAAGAAGUCGAAUGAGUACAAGCUGCAGUUGAACAUGAAAAGCUGUUGUGUCUCACUGGUGAACUACAGCAAGAAGAUCCUGCAGGUCUGUGUCACCCAGAUGCUUGCAUCCUUUGAAACCAGGCCUGGGAAAGAUGCAUACAGGCUGUCAUGUAACACAGAGAGUUUUGUGAUUGAGGGGGCAUCCAUUGAACAUGAACUUAUACCCAUCGUCACCUCGGAUGUCAAUGUUUACGCUCCCUCCGUGAACCAAGUUUUCACCCUGGACUUUGAGUCCCGGCCAGUCUAUGUGGAGGCUGACUUCUCCCUCAAGAUGAACAUACAGCCUGUGGAAGUGGUCUAUGAUGAGCACUCUCUGUGUGAAGUAAGAGCCUUCUUCCAGUUGCCAACUCGCUCCUUCGACAUGAGAGCAGUUGCCAUGGAAACCAUGCAGGGCAUGGCCAGUAUUAGUCAGGCUGGGCUUAUAUACGCCAUACAGACACAUAAGACCAUACACUUGGCUGUGAACAUGAAAUCCCCUUACAUAGUUGUGCCUGAAUUCGGAACGCUGCACAGGGGAGGUAAUGUCCUGAUUGUGGACCUUGGCAUGUUACAAGUGAAGAGUGAGCUACAGCCUAAGAAUACUGCACUUGAGCAAGGCAAUCUGUCCCAGUCUGAGAUAGCUGCCAGUCUGUAUGACCAGUUCACAGUCAGUAUCACUGACGUCAAGGUGCUACUUGCAGAUUCAGGUGAUGACUGGCACACAGCACAGGUCCAGCCCACCUCGGAGUACCACAUCCUACCCAGUAUGAAGCUCAACCUGGACUUCUACAACAGUGUCAAGCAGGACUACAAACAGCUUCCACAGCAAAAGGUGAUAACCACGCUGCCAACAUUCGAGAUCAACAUCUCUGACCGCAAGCUAUUGUUUCUAUGGAAAUUCUACAACAACUUCACGGUGACCUCAAGCGCCAGUAUGCAUCACCUGGGGGAGGACAUGGUGGACGCAGCGAUGGCCACUGGCAAAUAUGAUCUGGAGGAAUUAAUUAUCCCAAAAAUAGACCCCAGCGAGCUCCAGCUGGAGCCUGACCUGCACAGCCUGCGCACCGUGCAGCAGAGCAUCCUGGGUAGACGAGUCAUCAACAGAACCAGACGACAGCCAAAAAUGCCAACAAAACCAGUGUCUGGUGACCUUGACCUUCCUGCUGCUGAUGACCCUGAGGAGGCUAACAGCUGGAUACACAAGUAUGAUGAAGUUAAGCCGGUAGACGAUAUCUCGUCCACAAAGAACACGACCAACAUUGUUGUACGUCUGAUCGUACGUGAGGUCGUCAUUCAGCUCUCCCAGGCCGACGGCAAGGACGAGAGGCCUUACUUGAUGUUCCGCGCAGACCGGCUAAGACUCGAUGCUGUCAAGACAAAGCACGGUGUAGCGGCGCAUGCCAGCCUUGGCGCGAUUCAGUUGGUGGAUAAGAUACACGUUGGGGCCUUGGGGCAGUACCUGGAGCUGAUGAGCACUAAGCCAGGCACUGACCUUGUGUCUGUUCUCUAUAGACAGGUGGAGGCCACAUGCCCCGACUUUGUCUCUGUGUACAACGGUGUGAAGCAGGGAGUGAAAGUACAGUUUGAGACACUGAACAUACUGGUGGACCAGAGUGCUGUCACGCAUCUCCGAGCUUACAUAGAGGGGCUGCAGACGAGUAUGCAGACGGCAGACAUGAUGCGGAGCAGCAGUACAAUGGGCUCCACCACUGUCACAACAGCAGAAGUAACCACGGCAGCAGAAGUAACCACGGAGACAGUACCAGAGGGUGAGCCGGUGGGGUCUAUACAGUGGAACAUCCUGUUUGACCUUCAUGAUGUGUCCGUGGUGCUGGCAGAUAACGGGGUCAAGAGGGCUGAGAUUCAUGUGAAAGAUUUGCGCGGUCAUGCAGUACAGUGGAGGGAGCAGCUGGUACUGGUAGGAAGUCUAAAGGACAUAGACAUCAAGGACUGCACCCAGGGGGCGCUAUAUCCCAAUAUCUUAAUGCUGGAGGACAAAGAAGGCAGUCUGUUUGCAUUCUCAUUUGUGCAUCACCGUCACCACAAGGAUGAGGUUGCCGUUGACAACCGCCACGUCUCCCACCCCACCUUCCACUACAUGCUCAACAUGCGGGUGGGGCAUGUACAGAUGGUGUUACUGGGCAGGUUCUACUGGGAAAUCAUGAAAUUCAUGGAGCCUCUUCUCAGCCCAGGGGUCAAGGACACAGCGGCAUUCGCUCUCAAGUCUGUAUCUAAACAGGUUGGGACAUUCCAUGAGGACAACAAGAGGUUUGGUAUCCACAUCAUCAUGGUGACCCCUACCAUCCUGAUCCCUGUGCGCUCUGACUCCCUCGACCUACUUCUGCUCAAGUCAGGUGACCUCAGCGUGAGCAACAAGUACAACACCACAGAGGUCAUGCCGGGGUUGCGCCAGGAGUGGAACCAUCUGUUCAUCUCCCUCGAGGAGGUUCAGCUCAGCAGGGCGCGGCUUUCAAAAGCAGACGACGCAUUCAUGAUAUUGAGUCACAUCCUUGAGCCAAUGGCGUUCCAGACGGACGUUCGUCUCGCGAUGGAUCCCAUUGUAUCCGACAUGCAGACGGACAUCAACUGCAGUCUGGACAAGCUUCAGUGCGCGAUGUCUGUUGUCGAUGCACAGGUCUCCAUGGCAAUUAUGAGGCUCAACUGGAGCGAGGGAGCAAUCACCACAGAACAGACAGGGCCCGUAAGGGUGAGACCCUUGGCGUCCCAGACCGGUAUGGAGGAUGGUUCAGCCCCCAUGACAUCGUCUACGGCAACCAGGAAGUCCCUUACCUCUGUUCUCUUCACUCUGGAGGGCCUGGAGCUGUCAUUGAAUGAGGACUUUCAGGCUGCUGGUGUGUCAGACCUCGCCCGUCUAGUGAUGGGCAAGAUAAGUGGGUCAGCGAGUCUCCAUGGUGACGGAGAAACCAAGGUCACAGUUGCCCUGGAAGCGCUUCAAAUCAUCAAUACCAAACCAAGCAGCUCUCAUGUGGAGAAAAAUAUAAUUUUUUACGACAAGUCUGCAGUCACUAGGGAUGAUGACAAAGAACGCCCCCUGGUGUCAGUGAUCUACAAGAUCAGUGGGGAUGGAAAUACUAAAGCUGAUGUCAUGAUGGAAAAAAUCAAAGCCAACAUCCAGAUUCCGUACAUGCUGGAGUUAACCAAGUUCUUCACAACCGCAUUUACCUCCCCUGUACCCAUGGAAACUAUGCCAGAUGGCCCAGCCGCUCCACUUCCUGUCUUGGUGGGUGGGGAAGAGGAGGGGCCAGUGAUGACGCUGUAUUUCUCCAUAAAACAGCCAGAACUUGUUCUAUUGGCUGAUCCUGAGAAUCAGAAUAGCAGGAUUGUUGUUCUGAAUGCCGAUAUUUCAUUUGAGUACACAGCCAACAUUGUUCAACAGAAGAUGGUUUCCAAGAUAUCAUCACUGAAAAUGUUCUCCAGUAUCUAUGGAGCCCCUAGCGACCAUCAGUCCAAGAUGCUGUCCCCGUGUGAUCUAGAAUUCAGUCGCCUUUAUAACGUGCCCGAUAACAAACUGGACAUGAGUGCAAGUAUGAACAAGAUGUACGUGCACUUCACCCCGCCCAACUUGCGUCUGCUACUGGACCUCACCGAGAUAUUGCAGCAAGCGGGAACCACUGAUGUGGACAGUGCAGUAGAUGGGACCAAGGGGGUGGAGCCUAGAGACAUGUGGAAGAUACAGGGUGUCACGCCAGAGAAGUGGAUAGACAAAUACAUUGAGGGUGAGAGUAUUGCGCCAGUGUUGGGCCCCUUUGAAGUUCCCAUAGAAACGCUGAGCAUUGAUGUACAGGAAGUGUGUGCGUUCUUUGAGGUGGAGAACCUUGACCAGACAGUUCCACUGCUGUGCGCUCGUACGUCUGUGGAGGCUAAAAUAACAAACUGGACAAAACAGCUGCGUGUUUCUGCUGACCUAGAGCUAGACGUCUGCUACUACAAUGAGAAACUGAGUGUGUGGGAACCACUACUGGAACCAAACCUUGUACAGGAGGGAACUUACCAUCCCUGGGCUUUAAGGAUACAGAUGUUUAAAGCCCAGAGCUACCCAAUCGUCUGUAGCUAUGAUGACAAUGGCAUUGACAUGCCGGAUGGUUUCCAAGGUGACGUGGAGAGUUUAAUCAACCGUAACCAGUUUGUGUCGAGUAGCAGUGAGAACGAGCCUGACGAGUUGGACUCCCCCAGUGAGAUGACAAUACUGCGACCCAAGAUGCCUCGACGCAAAAUUAGGAUUGCUAGUGACAAAAGCUAUGAGUCUUUGAGUCGGCACAGCAGUGUUCAGGGCGAGUCUGACUCGGAGAACGAGAGUCUCAUCCAGACCAUCACGAGUAAACUCGGCAGCAUCUUCAACAGCGACAGCAGCGAGGAUGCUGACGUCAGUGAGACUGAUGAUAACGAUGACUCUAUAGACUGGACUCUCGACAAACCCAUAUUUCUUACCCCUCACGGACCAGUCAAAUUCCGCGCUGGUCCCGAUGGUUAUGAUGAUGUUGACGGAGUGGUUGUCGGGGAGACUGAUAUUCGUGAUGAUGAUGAUGGGGGCAGUGUGUGCUCCUACGUGGUCUUUUCCUCGAGAGACAAGCUGCAUCUCAAUAUUACCCCACCCGCCAUCGGAGCUAUAAACAGCGUCAUGCAGGCCUUAGACAAGAGCAGGCCAGAUGACCUGACAGAUGUCCACAAGUCUCCUGCCAUUGAGGUUCAUAACAAGUUGGGGAUUGAUGCAGAUGUGGUUGUUCAUAAAAGCAUUAAGGUACACAACAAUUUUGUUCACGGCUGCCGCAUGUGUCACCAUGGCGACGUGAGGAUGACAGUGCCACCAAGUGUUGAUGAUGUCAUUGCAGAAGAAAAUGAGGAGGAAGAGGACGAUGUGGAUGGAGCAUCACUCAGUAGUCAGAGACGCCCCCUGACGUUUGUCAGUCAGGCAAUAGCCAACGCGGGUCACACACUGGUCAGUGCCGGAGCGUUUGUCUUCGAGGAUGACCUCAUGGUUGGCACACAGAUUGACAAAGAUGGAGUCCAGAUUAUGGUUCAAGGGUUUGAGCCUACCAACAGCCUACUGAUGAACCGAGCCUGUCGCAGACUGAUUCAACUCGCGCCAAAACAGAAUGGCACACGAUACUGGAUGGUGUUUGACAUAGACAUGAUGCACUGUCACAAGUCCAUGACCUUACAAUCACCUCUGCAGUUGCGGAAUCAUCUCACCAUUCCAUUGGAUGUGUUCGUGAAGUCAUCUGAGCUGAGAAAAUAUGCCUCAGUCCCCAGUGAUGCAGACGAUUUUGUUAGACUGGCCACCUUGUUUCCUGGAGAGCUGUACACCAUUCCACUCUUCCCAGCAUUCCACUGUGGGCUAUUUAUAGCUCCAAAAGAUCUGCAGUAUGAGAACACAACAUGUCCAAUCUGGUGGCCAGACAUUGCUCAGGGAAAUGACAAACAGAAAUAUAUCAAUUGUACCUCCACUAAUGGAGAAAAGUCCUUCAAUAUCAAGGUUGUAAGAGAGGAAGGGGAGACUUUACGCCCGCCCCAGAUGGUGUCCCGGACUAUACCCUACCUUACAGUGAACCUACACCCGCCUGUCGUGCUCCACAAUCACCUGCCCUAUGAUCUGCAAUUCUCUCUUGAGGAGAAGGCCACACCCCUCAGCCUCACCCACGGGGAGAGCACCCCACUCUACACUGUCAACAUGAACCAGACCUACAAACUCAACCUCUAUGUGUCCGACUACCUGACCUGCGACUGGCGGGGGACGCUGGACAUCACCCGGGAGAUGGAGGAGUUCAAGGCCGUCACCAUGGAUACUGACCUUGACCCAGACAACAACAACAAGCACCUGUCACUGAGCGUACGAUGUAGCCUGGAUCGCACCUGGGACCUGUACAUCUACUCUCCGUACUGGAUCGUCAACAAGACAGACCUGGUGUUCCAGAUACGGGGCUCGAUGUCAGAUGUGAUACUGGAGUGUCAGCCAGCCAGCCAUCCACAGCUCUUCAGGUACAAGAAGCACAAACGUAAAAAGGCCAAGCUGCGUGUGAAUGAUGCGCAGUGGUCCCAUGCCUUCUCCCUGGAUACCAUUGGCAACUGUGGCGUGGUGGAGUGCCAUGACAACACCAGGCACAGGAAGUACAGGUUCAUGGUACAGUGUCAGAUGUCCAAACUUAAACUGACCAAGAUCAUCACCGUUCUGCCGUUCUUCCUGGUUGUUAACAACCACAGCAAGCCUCUACGCUACAUGGAGGAAAACAAGCAUACUGACCUCUGGCUUGACCUGCCUGUCAAUCAGUGCAUCCCCUUUUGGCCGGUAACAGAGUCGUACACUAUGUUCAUCAAGUAUGAGAACAGUAACAUCGUCUCCCAGCACUUCUCGUUCCGUAAUCCUCACGACACUGUCCUCAGAAUGGAUAACGGGUCUGCUGUGUGUGUGAAUGUGUCUGGGGGUACCCAGACCCCGAUCACGAUCCAGUUCACGCCGUACGAUGUGGGAGACGCUCCCGUCAGGGUGGAGAACCUUUGUGACGAUGUCUUCAUCAAGAUACACCAGAAAAAUCAGAGCCAGACGACGGUUCUCUCUUCUAACCAGUCUGUCCUGUAUACGUGGGACGACCCAGUCUGCGAGAGAACUCUCAUGUGGAACGUGUACGGGCGUAACAGCCGCGACUACCCCGCAAACAUUGCCAAGGAUGGCUAUGACUAUGUGACCUUGAAGCUGAAGUCCUUGAAGUCCAAGGGCACAAUGGACUAUGUGGACACACCUGACCUGCAGGCAGACAGCAGUCCAGAGGAUGAGUCAGAUGAUUUUGAUGGUCCCGUUGACACAAUGGAUGCCUCCUUACUUGGAAAGACACGCAGCGAUAAACUCAUCAUUUUCUGGGUCUCGUAUCUGGACAAUCAGCAACGUGUGCUGCUAUUUACCCAGGAUGAAAGGGUUGCAAAAGGGGCCAGAAAGGCACAUGUACAGAGUAUAGAUAUCCCCCACGAGAGAGGCGUGUCCAAGAUGAACGAGGCCGAGCAAGCCCACUUUGUGAUGUUCCUGUCCCUGGAUGGCGUGUGUGUCUCCAUGAUGAACCGUAACUAUGAGGAGGUGGCGUUGCUAUCGGUGACGUCACCCCCCGCAACGUGGGAGGUGGAGGUGAACACCCGCUGGAAGAUACUCAAUGUGGAGCUGCAGACGUGGCUGGAGGACCAAUGGCGCAACCAACAGUCACACGCCAGUCUGCAGCAACAGUUUGAGGCUGACCUGAGCAAGAUGCAGAUGUUGAAGCCGUACAUGGGGGCCCUACGGCGUAACUACAACCCGGGAAUGUGGCUCAAUUUCCGCAAGUCUCGACACCACGUCUCCCUGCAUGCCCGCAUUCAGAGGAUACAAUUAGACAACCAGCUGCCAGAUGCCUAUUUCCCGACGGUGCUCUACCCCUGUCCCAUCCCUGUGUAUAUCCUGAGAAAGAAGGGACAGAAACCCUUCAUGGAGUUUGGCAUGAUGAGACGAACAGUCCCUGAGAACAAUGUGGACACAUUUAGGUAUGUGAAGUUCCUUGUACAAGAGUUCAACAUAAAGAUCGACAAAGGCUUCAUCCUCUCUCUCUACGAUGUCUUUGCUCAUCUGCUGCCCGAAAGCUCCUCGGAGAGUAGCCAGUUGCAGAGUGACCUCAUGUUUACCCAGAAGUCUCUGCAGGAGGUCUCCAUGGUGAUGGUCCAUAGCAACAAGGACAAGAUGUAUUUUGAGUUCCUGAAACUCUCUCCUUUAAAGUUCAAUGUGAGUUUCUCGCUGAAUGGCGCCGCCCACAUGUCGCAGGAGAAUCGACCAACCAUCGUAUCAGAUGUUGUAGAUUUCUUUCUUGGGUCUGUUGGUGCCACGUUCACUGAAAUGAAGGAUGUCCAGCUCAAGAUGGCUUACUUGGAGGUGACUGGCCAGUCGUUGUCAUGGUUACAGCUGAGUGGCCUCAUUCAGGCCCACUACACGCAUCAGUUCAUACAGCAGGCCUACGUACUCAUACUGGGCCUCGAUGUCCUGGGGAACCCCUUCGGCCUCAUCAGGGACUUCACACAGGGAUUUGGGGACCUCUUCUAUGAACCCUUCUUGGACACAGUUCAGGGCUCCGAUGAGUUCUCAGAGAGUCUGAUGAGAGGGGUGCAGAGCAUGCUGGGAAAUACUGUCGGGGGCACUGCAGGCUCCAUAGCGCGGGUGACAGGAUCAGUGGGAAGUGCGCUGGCUGCCCUGUCCCUCGACAAGAACUACAAGAUUAAGCGUCGUGCAGCCAUGCAGCAGCGACCCUCAAACCUGCCCCUGAGUCUGGCCCUGGCAGGACGGGGCUUUGUCAUGGGGGUUUGUCUGGGACUGUCAGGGGUCAUACUUGAUCCAGUCAGAGGUGCCCAGGAGGAGGGAGUUGAGGGGUUCUUCAAGGGCAUUGGCAAGGGCAUCAUGGGACUGCUCACCAAACCAACUGGAGGGGUGUUCGACAUGGUCAGCAUGGCUUUUGAUGGAAUGCAGAGGGCUGCAGAGCUGGAGGCCUCGGUGGUACACAGGAUGAGGAAGCCCAGGUUUAUCAACAUGUACAUGGGUCUGCGUCCUUACUCAGUGUACCAGGCAGUGGGUGCGAAUCUCCUGUUGAAUGUAAACAAGGGUCAGUAUGCUGGCACGGACACCUACUGGGCACACGCCCAACUGAGUCCUGGAGACCGCGCUGACGUGCUGCUUAUUACCACCAGACAUAUCCUGCUGCUACAGAGACAUCGCUGCUGGGGCGGGUGGGACGUAGAGUGGGAGGUGAAGCUGGAGAGCAUCAUGGGAGUCCCCGCGGUAACAGGCACAAGACUCAUCAUCAAGGUCAAACAGGAUGAACAUAGCAUGAAUGUGUUUGCUGGUGGCGAACAGGAAAUCUCGUGUGAUGACAGCGACCUGUUACUAUGGUUACAACAGAGGAUCGAGAACCUGCUACGCUAUCGGCAGCGAUAAAUUGGCAAUUGAUAAGAGGUGUAAGGCUUAGAUAUAUAUUUGAUCUUAUUUAUUCAAAAGUGAGUAACUUGAUGAAGAAAUGCAUUUACUCUUUCAGUGCUGGAACCGAAUUUUGAUGGCCUUUGCAAACAGUUUGGAUCCAGAUGAGAUGCCACAGAACGUGGCGUCUCAUCAGGAUCCAAACUGUUUGCUAUUCUUUGAAAAUAAUCGAAGAGAAUGCUAAUUUUAGAAAUUCAGCAGAUGAUAUUUUAACAGACGACAAAUUUCCCAGCAUGCAAAGAGUUAAGGAUAAAGGCAAGCUACCAACAACAGUGGUGCUACGCAAGUAGUUAGAAGUUUUUACAGUUUCCUAUGGUUGAGGGUCAAAAUGUUGUAUCUUAUAAAGAAAGUUUAAAGACCGUGAUAAAACGUUUUUGGACUAUGAUUGUGCCCUGAAUAUGAAAAAUUUUAGGAAAGGUUUGUGUUUAGUUUGGAACAUGACAAUAUUGUUUUAUUAUUGUGUUAUUAAAUUGUAAAUUGAUGUUGUGAUUUGUUUAAAUCUAUACAAGGCUGUAUUGUAUAAACAUUUUGGGUAAUAUUGCAGAUAAGUUAUAUAUAAGAGGAGCAUGUGUAAGUUUACUGACAUGUUUCAGCAGUUCUGUUUUUUUUAUAUACUGCUUAAUAUAUGACAAUAUUUUGUUGAUGUCUUUUUCAUUUAAAGUCAGACAUUAUCUAAGUAUACAUAUGUGUGGAUCCAACAAAUAAUGUAACAUUUAUAAUCUUUUGUAGUCAUAUAUUAUAUAACACUAACAUAUUCAUGAAUAUAUGCACUGAAGAAUGUUUAUUUUGGCAAAAAUGUAUUAUUUGUCAGUGAUAGUUGAGGGUUGUUAGACAUGUAUGUUUCAUAUUACAAAUACAAAUGCACAUUACUGGGAUAUGUUUUAACUGCAUGAUGCAUACUUUGGGAAAAAUAGGCCAGUUGGAAUGAAAUUGAAUACAUGCUUUGCUGUGUAUAUGUGAAUCUCUUUUUCGCUAUGUUGUGCUUUUUACUUGGGUUGAAUUUUAUGUAAUAAUUGUUGUAGUUUAGGUGGCCAUUUUGUUUCAAAUGUGCAAUAUACUGUCAUAUACGUGUAUCAUUGAUUGUUUAUUAUAUGUACCUGCACGUUACAACUAUGUUAUCCUUCUAAUUAUACUUCAUUAGGUAUUGUGUCUUAUAUAUUUAUCAACUUGUUUUGAAUUACGCAGCUUUGUUUUGAAUCACAUUGUUAUUGUAUGUUUGUCAUAUCAUCAUUUUACAGAUAUGGACCAAAUAAUUUUGUCUAUACAGUCUCACAAAUAAAUUUUGCUGUAAGUUCUUGUAUGUUAAACAUAUACCGGUAAUCAUAAACAUGUAAAAGCGGAAAGUGGCGCCCUUGAUUAGCAUGUGCAUAGAUCACUGGCUAUUCUGAGACCACACUUUACAUCAACUGUCAUUAAAGUCCCAGAUUAAGGUGAAAUAAUGCUGCAAAAGAAAUAGUUUGGAAUUUGUACAGGUAGAGAUCUGUUUCUAAACAUGAAAUAUUGAAUUUUAUUGGUUUGUUAUACAGCAAUAUCAUGACAUGCGUUUUGAUUUUUUAUGUUACAUGUUUUUCAUAUAAGAUGUUAUAGAUUUGUGUUCAAUUGUAAUUUUCCAUUGUAAAACAGAUCAUUAACGGAAUGCACACAACAAUUAAACUGUUGUCUUUAAGCAGAUUACGCAAAACUUUCAUGGACAUAAACAUGACUAUGCUUAUUAUUCCGUAUUGUCAAUUUUUUGUACGGAAGUGAAGGAUAUUAACCCAUUUAUGCCUAGAGUCUAGAAAAAAGUCCUUGGCAAACAGCGUAGACCCAGAUGAGACGCCACAUGAUGCGGCAUCUCAUCCUGGUCUGCGCUGUUUGUUUAAAGGAAUAUCUGUAAGAAAUAUUCUAAAUAUAGAAAUAAAUAUACUAGACAUCCCUAAUUUCGGAAAUAAAUUGAUCCAAUUUAGAAGGAUGGGAGAGUCCACUAGGCAUAAAUGGGUUAAAAGUGUAAAUAUUAUUUUACAAUUACUUCGCAUUUAAUAUAUUUUGAUUUACUAAAGAAUUCAUUAUGACCAAUAAAUGAGGAUUCAUAUACAAAUACAUUGCUUUUGUUGAAGACACUUUUAUUUUUAUAUAGGUAACAUUACAUAUUAGUGAAAUAAAUAUAUCUUAUAUAAAUGUAAGACCAAAUUAAAAUGAAAUCUAAUGAACUCGCCAUAUAAAAUAGAUUUAAACGUUUUUACUUUAGACCUGUAAAUGAUUUAACUGUAGCACAGCUGUCAUACAUGUUUUAUACCAAAUAUUAUAACCUAAUAAUUGGAAAUAUACGUUGACAUUGCUGACAACACUUAUUUGCAUUACUGAAAACAAUGCACCUUUAUAUUAUAUAUAUUUCUUAUAUAUGCUUAUGUUUUCAAACGGUUUGCUAAACAUGACAUAUGCGAUGCAAUUCUUUUGUCUGAUAUAAAGAUAUAAUUCCCUGACUGUUUUAUUUUGAGUAUAUUUUACUUUUCAUUUUUGUUCUUAUUCCACACAAGAAAACCUUUUUUUAUAGUUUUAAUUUUCGUCUGUGUACUUUGCUCUGUUUACUGUGAUAUAUUAUUGUAAAGGGGUGUUUUUAUUUUGACACAUCGUUUACUCAAUUAUGUAUUUCGUAUUGAUUUUUCUGUAUUUGUUGUUAUAGCCAAAGAAAAAUAUAUUUCAUAAACAUUG